AUGACCAUUUGUCCUAACGAAAGUGAAGUUCAAGGACUACGGGAACCAUUUUGGAAAUUGAGGGACUCAAAUGCAAAUCAGGAGUCCAAGGAACUUACGUCAGCAACCAGAUGGAGCAAAGCUGUCAGUAUGUUUGAAAAUGAUGAACGAUUCAAGGCUGUAGAACGAGCGAGGGACCAGGAAGAUCUUUAUGAGAGCUACAUUGUAGAAUUGGAGAGGAAGGAAAAAGAAAAGGCGGCUGAAGAGCGUAAGCAGAAUAUUGCAGAGUAUAGACAAUUCCUGGAAUCUUGUGACUUUAUCAAGGAGAACAGCCAGUGGCGGAAAGUUCAAGAUCGCUUAGAGGAUGAUGAGAGAUGCUUGCGUCUUGAAAAACUUGACAGGACUAUAUUCGCGACCUUGAGAAGGAAGAAGAGGAGCAAAAGAAGAUACAGAAGGCUAAAGACCUGUCUUCGUAUGAAGCUGUUGCAUCUAAUACCUCUGGUUCAACACCAAAAGAAUUGUUUGAGGAUGUUGCUGAAGAAUUAA